AUGGAGUGUGCUAAGUUGGCGAAAAUCCUUGACCGUUUGUUAAAAAUUCCGCUUGCCGAACCGUGGGACAACGUUGGUCUCCUUAUACAACCGUCCACAUCGAGCCCCAUUAGUCGAAUUUGCCUCACAAACGAUUUGACUGAACCUGUGCUAGAUGAGGUUAUAUCAUUAGGUGCAAACUUUGUCAUCUCUUACCACCCGCCAAUCUUUCGACCUCUGAAACGACUUGUUCAGAAUUCAUGGAAAGAGCGGGUUGUUGUAAAGUGCCUCGAAAAUAAGAUUGCGGUUUAUUCUCCCCACACUGCGUUGGAUUCUGUUUCUGGUGGGAUCAACGAUUGGCUCCUUAGCCCCUUUGACUUACAAAUCAAGGUUCCGAUAAAGCGUCGCCAGUUUGAGGAAAAACCAGCCACAGUUGCUACAUUAUUUGGUCGAGAGCUUCAGGCUUAUUGCAUUAAAAACCAAAUCCCCCCCUUAAACGUCGACAUUCCAUCUUCUUACGACCGACUUGCUGAAGUAGUAGCUGGUGAUGGAGCGGAAAGCUUCAGUAGUGCGUUGUCUGCUGAUGCAAUCAACUUGUUACCAGAAGAAGGCUCCGGUCGGGUAGCUUUACUCAAUGACGGGUAUACUAUACAAGAUGCAAUAGAAGCCUACAAACGGUUAUUCGACACUUCAACUCUUAAAGUAGCCCUUGGCUAUGGAAAGCAGUUGGACAGCCCAGUAACGUCUGUGGCGGUAUGCGCUGGGUCCGGUGGCUCUAUGUUCGCGCAGGAGCCCAUGGCGUACGUCGCAGAUCUGCUAGUUACAGGAGAGGCUUCGCAUCACGAACAACUGGAUAUCGUGGCUCGCGGGGCGACAAUAAUCACUGCGGGGCAUUCUGUCUCCGAGCGAGGUUACCUUUCACAACGCCUUCGCCCCUGGCUAGCCAGUGAACUUAAAAAGGAAUCCAUGGAACCCAUUCCAAUCGAUGUGGCUUCCACCGAUGCUGAACCUGGCGUGAUCUUGUAG